AGGGCCCGGAGCGGCGAGGGCCGCCCCUCUCGGAUGGUGAUUGGACUCGCCGGAGUAGACCGGGCUGGGAUUGGUCCGAGGCGGGGCGAGAGCCCGCGGGCGUCCCGGGCCCAGGCGCGGGGGAGGCGGUGGCCGCCGGGACGCCGGAGGGGGCGCUUCGCAGAGGGAAGGAGCGGGAGGGCCCUCUACCUCAUCGCGCGGGGGCGGGGGCGGGGGCGGCAGUGGAGGGACCGAGACGGGCAGGGGUGACUGUUGGCAGCAGGACUAGCUGGAGACCUAGACCCGGAAGCGCGUCCGGGGAGGGCUUGGGGGUGCAGGAGGGCGUGGGCGUGUCUGGUGUGGGAUGCAGUGGAAAGGAGGGGGCUCCUUUGUAGAUCCGUGGGUGGCUCCUUUGAGGAAGCCUCUUUUUCCCCUCUGCCUUUUUAUUUGCCGGCGAGGGAAUCCCCGUGGUCUCUGUUCAAGUUCUGGAAACUUUCUCUUUGGGUGGGCUUAAUCAUCUGCGACUUCAUCGUAGAACUGCCCGGGGCCCUUUCUGAUAUUGGUCACAAACGUGGGGAGUAUGUCAGAGAACAGGAAGCCGCUGCUGGGCUUUGUAGGCAAACUCCCCGGUGGGACUGCACUUGGGAACGCAGGCAAGACUCACUGCCCCCUGUGCAUGGGGCUUUUCAAAGCCCCCAGGCUCUUGCCCUGUUUGCACACAGUUUGCACCACGUGUCUGGAGCAGCUGGAGCCCUUCUCAGUAGUGGACAUCAGAGGGGGAGACUCUGACACAAGCUCCGAGGGGUCAAUAUUGCAGGAACUCAAACCACGAAGUCUGCAGUCGCAGAUCGGCAUCCUCUGUCCGGUAUGUGAUGCUCAGGUGGAUCUGCCCCUGGGUGGAGUGAAGGCUUUAACCAUAGACCACCUGGCCGUGAAUGAUGUGAUGCUGGAGAGCCUGCGUGGGGAAGGCCAGGGCCUGGUGUGUGACCUGUGCAACGACAGGGAAGUAGAGAAGAGGUGUCAGACCUGCAAAGCCAAUCUCUGCCACUUCUGCUGCCAGGCUCAUAGGCGGCAGAAGAAAACAACUUACCAUACCAUGGUGGACCUAAAGGACUUGAAAGGCUACAGCCGGAUUGGGAAGCCCAUCCUCUGUCCUGCUCACCCUGCGGAGGAGCUGAGGCUGUUCUGUGAGUUCUGUGACCGGCCCGUGUGCCGGGAUUGCGUGGUGGGGGAGCAUCGAGAACACCCUUAUGACUUCACCAGCAAUGUCAUCCACAAGCAUGGGGACUCCGUGCGGGAGCUCCUCAAAGGUACUCAGCCCCACGUGGAAGCCCUGGAGGAGGCCUUGGCUCAGAUCAAGAUAAUGAACAGUGCCCUCCAGAAGCAAGUGGAGGUAGUGGCAGCUGAUGUCCGGACAUUCUCAGAGGGCUACAUUAAGGCCAUUGAGGAGCACCGCGACAAGCUGCUGAAGCAGCUGGAAGACAUACGGGUCCAGAAGGAAAAUUCCCUGCAGCUGCAGAAGGCCCAGCUGGAACAGUUACUGGCAGACAUGCGGACUGGAGUGGAGUUCACCGAGCACUUGCUGACCAGCGGCUCAGACUUGGAGAUCCUCAUCACCAAGGGGGUGGUAGUAGAACGGCUCAGGAAGCUGAACAAAGUUGAAUAUAGCACCCGCCCUGGAGUAAAUGAUAAGAUACGCUUCUGUCCUCAGGAGAAAGCAGGCCAAUGUCAUGGCUAUGUGAUCUAUGGGACCAUUAGUACCAAAGAGGUUGAUCCAGCCAAAUGUGUCCUACAAGGAGAAGAUCUCCACAGAGCCCAGGAGAAACAGACAGCCUCUUUCACCCUGCUUUGCAAGGAUGCUGCAGGAGAAAUCAUGGGCAGGGGAGGAGACAACAUUCGAGUUGCCGUUGUCCCUAAUGACAAGAAAGACAGCCCAGUCCGAACGAUGGUCCAGGAUAACAAGGAUGGGACAUACUACAUUUCCUACACCCCCAAGGAACCUGGUGUCUAUACUGUGUGGGUCUGCGUCAAGGAGCGGCAUGUACAGGGCUCACCAUUCACUGUGACCGUGAGGAGAAAGCACCGCCCACACCCAGGCGUGUUUCACUGCUGCACCUUCUGCUCCAGUGGAGGCCAGAAAACCGCUCGCUGUGCCUGUGGAGGCACCAUGCCAGGUGGGUACCUAGGCUGUGGCCAUGGACACAAAGGUCACCCAGGUCAUCCCCACUGGUCAUGCUGUGGGAAGUUUAAUGAGAAGUCUGAAUGCACGUGGACAGGUGGGCAGAGUGCACCGAGGGGUCUACUUAGGACUGUGGCGCUCUGAUGAGUUUGUGCUCAGCCCGUUAAAGCUGCAGUCACACCACUUCAGGUUUCCAGAGGACCCAGACCUUCGUUCAUUCUAAAGAGACUGAUAAAAACAAAGUGCCUUAUCUUACAUUGGAGUUCAAGUGCUCUUUUGUUAUUCACUGAUGGUACUUGUGGAUGGUUGAGCACAAAAGACCACCUCUACGUUUAUCUUAAAGGUAGGUUAGCAGCGUUCUUUCUCUACCACAGGACACUCCUUUUCAUUUUGUACAGUACGGAGGUAUCUAUUCCAUUGGAACUGAAGGGUCAUGGGGGUAGUUUAGUUCCUCAUUUUCUGAUAUAACCUUUUUUUAUUUUUCUCUGAGCUACACAUUAUUUAGAUAUUUCCCCUAGAGAUUAAAGCUUCCUUUCAUCCUGUCCACUUUUUGUUAGCGGUGGCCUUUCAGUGGAUUUACUGGUACGUGUUUUGUGAUUGUGAUAAUGUGGUCUUGUUUUGGUGAGUGUCCCCCUCCUUCUCUACGCCAUGUCAAUCUUCUCCCCCAAAGCCUGAAAGAUUACUCUUUGGUCAAGGGCAUACUGGUGUUGAAAUAGAACCUCACACAUUUAUUGCUGUUCUACUCAUGCCAGAAAAAUCUAGAUACCUUUAGGCUUCUAACAUCUGUUUUUCAGUCGAGUACUCUUUAGAGUAGUUUUCACUUUUGUCUCCAUACCUGGAAAGUUAACUAGAAGCUUUGACUCUUACUGUGCCUUCACUCAUAGUGUGCCUUCUUAGCUGCUAGAGAAAUCUGGGGAGAGGAAGUACACAGCACUAGUGCCUCAGCCCUGCCAAGGUCUUCACUCUAUAUAAUUUUGUUCUGAGACUUGAUUUCUUAUAGAGCAAAAAACUUAGCAUGUAUUAAAUAUAAUUAUUGAAAUCUGCAUUGUAAGAUCCCUUAAGAAGUGGAUGACUCAUUUGAAUGGUGAAUUGGGUCAGGCAAAGGAAAUGAAAUAAUUAGAUGAUGACUGGCAGAUCACGGUGGAAUACAUUUCCUCCUUGAGGCCGACAGACAUGGGCUACAUUGUAGCCAUAAAUACUCAGAUAUUCUCUAUUCUCACCCUUUUCUGGAAACAUUCCCUUCAGCCUCUUUCUGAUCUUCUCAAAACACAUUCCUGCCCCUGUCAUCCUCUCAAAUUAUUAGCUAUUUGCUCUUUCUCAAUCCUUCUGUCACUUGGCCCAGAAAUAUAUGUCUUUUUAGCUUAUCAAUGCUGCUUUGAGAUGAGUGUUUUGUGUGUGUGUGUGUGUGUGUGUGUGUGACAGAGUCUUGCUCUGUGGCCCAGGCUGGAGAGCAGUGGCACAAUCUCGGCUCACUGCAACCUCCGCCUCCCAGGUUCAAGCAAUUCUCCUGCCUCAGCCCCCUAAAAGUAAGCUGGGAUUACAGGCACAUGCCACCACACCUGGCUAAUUUUUGUAUUUUUAGUAGAGAUGGGGUUUCACCAGGUUGGCCUGGCUGGUCUCAAACUCCUGACUUCAUGAUCCACCCACCUUGGCCUCCAAAGUGCUGGGAUUACAGGCGUGAGCCACCGUGCAAGGCCGAGAUGAGUGGUUCUUAACCAGGAGUGACUCUGCCCCGGAGAGAACAUCUGGCAAAGUCUCAGCGACAUAUUUAGUUGCCACUAGUGGGGCAAGGUGCUACUAACAUCUCUUGGGUAAAGGUCAGUGAUGCUGCUAGUCACUUUACAAUGCUCAGGACAGCUUCCUGAAACAAGUAUCUAGUUCAAAAUGUCAGUGGUUCUGCUGUUGAGAAACCCUGUUCUACAGCAUUAGCCAUACUUUUUUCUAAAAAUGGCCAGCCUUGAAGCUCAUGCCUUUCAGCUCUACAGCUUGCUAUUCCUCCGUGGUUCAGCCAUCUACUGAGCCCCAAAUCGUUCCCCCUCAUUCCUUGAAGAUUAUAGCAUCAAGCUUGCUCUGACUCCGGUACAACUCCUUAUCCGUCUGGAGAUAACUCACUGUCUACGUAGAUUUCUUAGUUCAGUGACCAUUUCCCCAAUGUUAUUUUUUCCCUACUUACAUACCCUAGAUCUUGAUUCCAACCACACCCUCUGCAUAGUCUCAAUUUCAAGCAUCCUGCAACCACAACCUCCCACCUUUCCAGCUCACCCACUGACUACUAAUUCUUCUACAUUCUUGGAACCUACAAUGCAGCGAUUCAGCCACCUUCCUGUUGUUCCUCACCCACCUCAGGUCCUUCCCUUCAUCCUUCCCAACUUAGAUUCUACAGACCAUCACUAUAAUCAUUCUGUUGCAUAGUCUCUGUCAUUCUUGCCUGGCGUAACUCCAGCCCAGGUUAGAUCCAAUCUUCCAUCUAACCUAACUGAAUGAUCUGGCAAAACAAUGAAAGCAUGAUUAGUCUUACUUUAAAUUUAUGACCACCAAUUUCAGUGGGCUCUUAGCACUGCCCAGUAGCCUGCAACAUCUCCCCAGUUCAUUUAUUCUCCCACGCUUCUAGACAAUUCAUACUUUUUUUCCCUCUGACUCUAAUUACUACCCCACCUCUACUCUGCACUAAUGACCUUGCCAGGAAUAUUUCAGAUUCAGAGGAGAAUUUCCCUAGCCUCCCUACCACAUGUACACAUCUACCUAAAUUCUUAUCAAGAGCCAAUUUCUAUUGUGUACUGAAUCCCAUUCUGUAACUACUUCCCAGGAGCACUGCUCUAGUAAUUUCCCUUUUACUGGACUGCUGACUUCAGAAAAUAAUCAUGAUGCAAUAUUCCCAUCUUAAAAUACAAAUUUCCCUUUUGUGUUAGUUGGCUAGGGCUGCCAUAACAAUACCACGGACUGGGUGGAUUAAACAACAGAAAUUAGCUUUCUCACAGUACUGGAGUCUGGAAGUCCAAAAUCUAGGUGCUGGCAGGGUUCCUUCUGGUGAGGACUCUAUCCUUGGCUUGCAGAUGGCAGCCUUGUUUCCACAUGGCCGUUCUCCUGCAUGCAGGUGCUCCAGGCAUCUCCACAUGAGGACACCAGUCCUGUUGGAUUAGGAUCCCAUCCACAUGAUGCUGUUUAACCUUAAUCACCUCCUUAAAGGGUUUUUCUCCAAAUAUAGUCGCAUUGGGUGUUAGGACGGAGUUUUGGGGAGUACAACUCAGAUAACAAUUUCACAUCCCCUUUAGCAACCUCUCCACUUUUCUGCUUCUCUUUAAAAGCACCUCGAAAGAAUUGUUUGGUAUCUCCAGUUUCUCUCUCUCUAUGAGAUCUAAUCCAGUCUGACAUCCCGAAGACUCCAUUGAAAUGGCUCUUGUCAAGAUUACCGGGAAACUCCAGGUUACAGAAUCCAGUGGUCAGUUCCCAAUCUUUAUCUUUUUUUUGACCACCCAAUAUCACAGAAAUAUUUUAAAAGAUUUUUAUACAUUUUUAUGUAUUUUAAAAUCUUUUAAAAUAUGUCAGCUUGUCACUCUUUUGCUCACCACUGCCCAUUAGUGUCACAUCUUAGAAAAGUGAGUCUUUGCAUCAGCAUGUAAGACCCCGCAUGAGCUGGGUCCCUGCUCUUACUGCCUACCUAUCUGCCUCCAUCACCCUAUUCCAGCCAAACUGUCCUGCCUGGUGCUCCUUAAACUCUCCAAGUAUACACACACACACACACACACACACAUAUAUAUUUAUAUGAGUAUAUACAUGCAUGCACACACACACACACAUAUAUUUAUGAGUAUAUACAUGCACGCACACACACACACACAUAUUUAUAUGAGUAUACACAUGCACGCACACACACACAUAUAUUUAUAUGAGUAUAUACAUGCACGCACACACACACACAUAUAUUUAUGAGUAUAUACAUGCACGCACACACAUAUUUAUGAGUAUAUACAUGCACGCACACACACACACACAUAUAUAUUUAUAUGAGUAUACACAUGCACGCACACACACACACACAUAUAUAUUUAUAUGAGUAUAUACAUGCACGCACACACACACACACAUAUAUAUUUAUAUGAGUAUACACAUGCACGCACACACACACACACAUAUAUAUUUAUAUGAGUAUAUACAUGCACGCACACACACACACACACAUAUAUAUUUAUAUGAGUAUAUACAUGCACGCACACACACACAUAUAUUUAUAUGAGUAUAUACAUGCACGCACACACACACAUAUAUAUUUAUGAGUAUACACAUGCACGCACACACACACACAUAUAUUUAUAUGAGUAUAUACAUGCACGCACACACACACACAUAUAUAUUUAUAUGAGUAUAUACAUGCACGCACACACACACACAUUUAUAUGAGUAUAUACAUGCACGCACACACACACACACAUAUAUAUUUAUAUGAGUAUACACAUGCACGCACACACACACAUAUAUAUUUAUAUGAGUAUACACAUGCACGCACACACACACACACAUUUGGAGACAGAGUCUCUCUCUGUUGCCCAGGCUAGAGUGCAGUGACGCAAUCUCAGCUCACUGCAGCCUCUGCCUCCAUAGGUUCAAGUGAUUCUCCCACCUCCGCCUCUGGAAUAUCUAGAACCAUAGGCACACCCUACCAUGUCCGGUAGAACCAUAGGCACACCCUACCAUGUCCGGUAGAACCAUAGGCACACCCUACCAUGUCCGGUAGAACCAUAGGCACACCCUACCAUGUCCGGUGAAUUUUUUGCAUUUUUUUGUAGAGAUGGGGUUUUGUCAUGGUAUCCAGGCUGGUCUCAAACUCUGGCCACCUCAGCCUCCCAAAGUGCUGGGCCAACACAUGUAUAUUCUGUUCGUUGUCUGUCCUCUCGUACUAGAUUGUAAGCUCUGUGAGGGCAGGGAUUUGAUAUUUUUAAACUACCAUACUGUUCCCUUGUAGGACACUUCCUGGCACAUAGUAGAGACUUAAUAGUAUAUCAGUGAAUAAAGAUCUGAUUGGUAGAAUUUUUA